AUGGUAAAGGUUUGCGACGGAAAGAACUCGUGCGGCGACGGCAGCGAUGAGGAGAAAGAGUUCUGCGCUCAACACAAACACUGUCUGCCGAAUGAGUUCCAGUGCUCUAACAAACAGUGCAUCGACUCGUCGGACGUGUGCAACGGUAACGACGAUUGCGGCGAUAGUAGCGAUGAGGAGGGCUGCGAUCGGAGCACUACGUGUCGGUUCGGCACCUGUUCUCAGGUCUGUUUGGCCAAAAAGAGUAGCAAUCAUUCGGUACACGACUCGUGUGCCUGCGCUCCGGGCUAUCAGCGAAAGCCCAGCGGAAAUACUACGACCACGUGUGUGGCCGCGGGUGAGCCCGCAGUGCUAUUGGUCGCCAGUGAGAAUGGCCUGAGAAAAGUGAAUCCAUACAAACACUCGGUGCAGGCGUUGAUUGACAUACUUUCCAACGUAUCGAAAGUGAGCCGUAUUGACUCGUUUGACGUGAUGUACGAGUCGGACAAAGUGACCCUCUUUUGGACCUCAUUUCACACCCGAAGUGUCUAUCGAUUCGAUGCGCCGAUGAUUGACGAGAAGAUUGUCACUAAUAAGUCCGAUAAUGUCUAUCGAUUCGAUGCGCCGAUGAUUGACGAGAAGAUUGUCACUAAUAAGUCCGAUAAGUCAUCGAAUCGCCGAAAGCGAGAUAUAUUUCAGAACUCUUCACAACCUCAGGCCAUCGCUCAGGGUUUGGUCGCAUCGCGCGGUAUAGCCGUUGAUUGGAUUGGAAAGAACUUAGCUCGUUUGGACGGAACAAUGCGAAGAACAUUAGUGGAGAGGAGUCUGGUUUGGCCGACAGGACUGGCCAUUGAUUACGCGGCCGACCGUAUCUAUUGGACGGACCCGAAAGCGGCCACUAUUGAGACAAUCGAUAUUAACGGAAAGAACAGACAUAUUGUCAAAACAUUUAACUCAUCCGAAGACAAACCGUACAAAAUCGAAGUGUUUGAGGACAACCUCUUUGUGAGCACUUUUCACAAUAACGCCAUCUUUAGACUCAACAAAUUCGGUGUCGGAAACAUCACUCACUUAGUCCGCGGUCUCCAGAAGGCUUCGGACGUUGUCAUCGUUCAGGAGAACAAACAAAAUCAUAAUAUUUCGACGCCGUGUAGUAAUAAACGCUGCGGAGAGGGAGCCCUCUGUGUGGCUCAGAACUCGACGAAAGCUGUCUGUCUGUGCAGUAACGACAUGAGCGAAACGCCGGUCGGCGAGGGAUCGGUUGUCUGCACGCCAUUGACGGCAGUUCGCAACAAAUGCGAGUUGGAGUGUCUGAAUGGCGGCACUUGUAUUCACAAUCUCGACGACACGCCAAAGUGCGAGUGUAGGGCCGGCUUUGACGGCGCGCUUUGCGACCGAUACAAGUGUUCGGGUUAUUGCAAGAAUAAGGGUCACUGCUAUCCCGAUCUCAUGGCCAACAAUAAUAACCCGAAUCAUCCGCCGUUGAAGUGCGAGUGCUCUCCGGAAUGGGUGGGCGAUCGAUGCGAAACACCGUCGCGUAUUUGCGACAACUUUUGCCUCAAUGCCGGCACAUGUUAUAUACAGAACGGGGUCCCGAUCUGCACGUGUCUGUCCGACUAUUUCGGCCAAAAGUGCGAAAACUGUUAUUCAUUGAAAUGUGAGAAUUCUGGUCAUUGUUAUAAACGGGAGGACCAAUCGUAUGGGUGUCAGUGCUCAACAGGCUUUUUCGGUGAUAAAUGUGAGAACUCUACGUGCGAUAACUACUGUGACGGCGCCGGCGGCAACUGUACGAUCGUGAACGGGUUGCCGCAGUGUUCAUGUUAUCCGGGCUUUAGUGGCAAACGCUGCGAUCAGGACAACUGUCGCGAGACGUGUCUGAACGGCGGUACGUGUCAGCGGACGGCUAAGAAGGCGGCCUGUGUUUGUCCGGAAGGAUAUCAGGGUAAACGGUGCGAACAAAACAAGUGCGGCUGUCGUAAUGGCGGCACUUGUAUCCCCACAAAGUCAGAACACGGCCGCAACACAUGCCUCUGUCGGCCCUACUUUAUGGGCGCCACUUGCGAGCGCUCGAUCGCCAAGAACUGCGAAGAAUUCGAGUGUCUCAGCGGUGGCCACUGUAUGAUGAGUAAAGAGCCCUAUUGUCAGUGUACUAACGGCUGGACGGGUAAGAGCUGCGAAGACCCCCAGAACCCGAUGUGCAACUCAUUCUGCUUACACGGCGGCACUUGUAUUGUGUCCGAUAAACGAGAAUUUGGCCCCAAAUGCGAGUGCGCUCAAGGGUUCGCUGGCCUUCGUUGCGAGAAUCUAAUCCUCAAGUCUUCGGAUUCGUACGAAAGCGGAAGCGAUUCGGCGUACAGUUUGGACACAACAACAAAAUGGAUAUUAAUAGCUGUGAUACCCGUUGCCAUUGUUUUGAUACUGUUUUUGGUUGUGUUCAUCGGUGUCUUCACAUUCAGAAUACGUAAAAGUAACCGUGCAUUCCUUCACCGGCGUAUGCAAGAGACCGGAGCCAACGUCGAGAUCAGUAAUCCUAUGUUCGGCGGCGACGACUUUGACGACGACCUCAGCCCUACUCACGCAUUGAGCCGUACUUUUGCACUCGAAGUGAACGAUAAGAACACCGACGAAGAGAAACGAAAUCUUCUCAUUUCGGACAACGAAGUCAACAGUAAUGAUGAAUCCAAAGAUAUCUACUCUAAUGAUAGCGACCAUCCCUUAGCUUAG